AUGAACACAGACAAAGUCAACUCGAUUGUGUCGUUUCUGCGGCCGCUGAUUUCCGCCCACCGCUCGGCCUCCGCCAACGUGCCGUUUGUGCUCGGCUUUUCCGGGCCCCAGGGCUGUGGAAAGUCCACCUUGGUAGCCGAGCUGUCUACUGCUCUGAGACAGGCCCCCUUCAACUACAAGGUCAUUGAGCUGUCGCUGGACGACCUGUACCUGACGCACGAGGGCCAGGAGCGACUGUCGGAGGAGUUCCCCAACAACAAGCUCUAUCGACACAGAGGCGAGCCUGGCACCCACGAUGUCGCUCUGGGCGAAAAGACCCUCAAGAGCCUGGUACAGAACAAGGUGACUCCCGUGCCUCGGUACGACAAGAGCAAGUUUCAGGGCCAGGGCGACCGCGUGCCCGAGUCCGAGUGGCCCGUCAUGACGCCCCCUUUUGACGUGGUGCUGUUUGAGGGCUGGUGUGCUGGCUUCCGAGCCAUCUCCAUCGACGAGCUGGAGGCUCUGUACGCGCAGAGCACGAGUCUGGCGCGUGACGAGACAGAUCCCGACGCGGCACCGGCAGUGGAUCCCGCCAAUCUCGAGGCCUCGUCCAUUGAUCAGCUCAAGGAGCCCGUGCCAACGACUCUGGCACACCACCAGUUUUCCGAUCUGCAGCAGGUCAACCACGAGCUCAAGAAGCUCCAGCAGCUGUGGAAGUACUUUGACGCGUUUGUGCACCUUGACUCGCUGGACAUAAACUUCACCUACAAGUGGCGUUUGCAACAGGAACACGCGUUGAUCCAGAAACGAGGAACAGGCAUGACCGACCAGCAGGUCAAGAAGUUCAUCGAUGGCUACAUGCCUGCCUAUGAGAUGUACAUUCCCGGACUGAGAGAGCAGACACUAUUGACUAGACCCAAUCGGCAGUUGAGAUUGGUGUUGGACGAGGACAGAAAGGUCAAGUUUGAGAGAGUUAAAUAG